AUGGAUAUUCACAUAGUUAACACAAUCUUACGCCUAUGUUCGGAACAGCAAACGUGUCUUUUCGAAGUAACUUAUCUCUGUGAUUAUUGUCUGGAACAACGUAUAUGCACAAAUUCGAAACAUGUUUUGGCGAGCAUUAGAAAUUAUAUGGAAAUAUUUAAGAUUAGUCACGAUCGAAAUCGAAUAGAAUUCUAUAUGCCGUUUGAAAUCUGUCGAAGUUGUAAUCCGGAUAAUUCAUGUCAGAUCAACAAUGGUAUAUGUCCAAAAUUACACGUGUGCUAUGAUUAUUUCUAUACAAGUUCAUGCCGCCGAUCUCUCAAUUGUCCCUAUCCACAUAGUUUAACACAGAAAUCUCAUGGAAGUACUCUCAGCACAUUGAAGAAUUUGGAUUUAGACGCGCUAACGAAAGCGUUCAAAGUUUAUUGUCAAUCGAAGAAAUAUUUGCAAAAUCAUAAUUCAUCUGGCAUGUUUCAAACAAGAGGCGCACAAGCGAUUCCAUUGUUAUCGGUGAAUAAUAGUUUAAAUCAAUCGUCAACUUCCUCCACGAACACUUGGCGACUGACGAACACACCACAAAUCAAUUCGAAUAUAUCCUGGAAAACGAAUCAACGAAUGACAUUUCCUUCAAAACCAGUACUUCCAACACAGCCACAACAGAGAGUGCAUUCAUUUUUUGGAAAAGGUCUUCAGAUAUGCUGGACACCAUCACAGGACAUUCAGACACAUUUUAUUGAAGUGGUCUUUAGUAAUCAAGACAAAUGCGAUGGAGGACCUAUACGUACACAUAGCCUCUACAAACAUCUAGGAAUCGCUCAAUUAUUCUAUCAGAAUACUGACAUUGUCGAUCGGGUGGUCAAUCGUGGACCUGUCAUAUUUCAAUCGUUUACAUUUACAUCGCGUCGUCUGCAACGAACGAUAGAUUCUCGUCAUUUGUGUUUUCUAAACAUGUCUAUUAAUGCAUCGCAUAUUCCACUAUAUAUUGAUACUGUUUCCAUGCCUCACAAGACAAAUCAUUUCGACUUUUAUCAAGAUGAUCAACAGACCAUCGUUGUUGAAUACAAUGAAGAUGUUGAUUAUUCAAAAAUUUCUUCCAAUGUUCGCAGUCAUCCAGAAUGCGGCAAAUUAUCGAUCAAAUGCAUACAAUUAUAUCAUCCUGAAACUCUAUUAAUUGAAUAUGAUCAAGAGUACUCGGAAUGUGAUAUAAAAAACUUGUUUAAAAACGAACGAAUCUUUCAUAUCAAAACCUAUGCACAUUGUGCUUUCGUACACUUCUAUUGUCAUGAUGAUCUUAUACGUUCGAUGAAAACAUCAUUCAAUGAUCCUAUUCGUGUAACACCAAUUUAUGUGGAGAUUUAUUCGCAACAGCAUCUAGAGAAUUAUCUGAAACGACGUCAAAGUGAAUUCAAAAGUAAAGUAAUAUCCGUGCAAAAUGUAAUACCAUUGAUAAUGAAUGACGAAGAAGCAUCAUCUCAAAUUGAAUCACAUUCGACAAAUUGUCAAGGAUCAGAAACUCCGCCGAACGAAUGUGAACCCGUGAUUGAAGGAAAUAUAUCUCCACUCAAACCAACGGAAGGAACAAUUGCUAGUGAAGAAAAUCCAGCCAGUAAUAACGAUGAUCAUUUGAAUGAAAAUUUCAUAAAUGAUAUUCUGGGCAGCGAUGAUGAUUUUCAUGAUUUACCUUCGGAAUUCGACGAUGAUGAUCUACUUCUCGAUGAGACAGUUGAUAGCAAUGGUGAUAUGGAAUUUUUACGUAGUGCAGCAAAAAAUUUAAUGUCGUCAUUAGCGGAAAUGGAAGCAGCCAGCAGCACUGCGAAUACACUUGAUGCACCUCAUUCGCUUUUAUAUGGUGACGAUUAUGUCAUAACAAUCAAGAGUCGUCGCUUUGCAAUAGCUUUUCUCGACUACACACAAUUCCGUGUAGAGAAACAGCGCAAUCCAGAUAAGUUCCGUUUACUUGCGACAUUGAAGAAACAAGCGAAUAAUAAUCAGCUCAAUCAGAAAAAACGAAAAGAUACAAAACAACACGAGGAGGAUAUGCCAUCGCCAACGCCAAAUAUUGCACCCGACCUCUUACUAGCAACGGAUACAAAAUCCACCAAGAAAAAGCGCAACAAAAGAAGUAAGAAGAAGAAAAAUACGCCGAGUAAUACAACUGAUACUAAAGACAAAUCUGAAGCGAUCGUUGAAUCAGGUAAUGACGGUGAAGAUGACGAAGACGACGGAACUACUCAUGUUCUAAACAAACAAGAAUAUACGAAAAAUGAUUUUCCCACUCAGCGACUACCACAUGUUUAUCUUGAUGAUGAUCUUAAGCCAUGUAUUUUUGUUACCGGUGAAGAACAUCAUGACGAAUAUGGACAUGAAAUGUUUGAACAUGACGAUUGGCAUAAUAUCGUUGCUGGAGGAAAGCCAGUUCCUGUUUCGAAGAAAUCCAAAAAACGAAAACCACAACCGUCAGUUGAGUCGACUGAACAGAUUAUACCUCCAACGCCAACUGUUUCCAAUCCUCGUCCACAACCAUCAGCAACUGAUUCAAACUCGUUGAUCAUCCCUUCAAACUGUCGUGGUUUUCUUCAUCAACCGAAGCUUUAUGAAACAUUUCGUCUACGUCUGCGUCGUUCGUAUCCAUCGAUAAAUAUUCAUUUUAAUCCUGAUACCUACACGAUAGUCAUCGAUGGAAACAUCAAAACAAAUGUUCAACAAUGCCUUCAAUAUCUCCAAACACUUCAAACAUACAAGCAUUAUCUUUCCAUUCCGCAUAUUGAUUUUCCUCAAACAACAGUGACAAACAUUGUUCGAAUGCAACAAUCAACUGCUCAAGUUAAGCUCAUACCAAAUGCUGACUAUAAUCGAAUAUUUCGUUCAGUAUAUCGCUUAAUAGAUUAUCAAUUGAAACAACAGUUUGCUCAACAGCAAUGCAUUUAUUGCCGACGAUCGAGAAACCAGUUUCGGAUAACUUAUUUAGAAUUUUCGUGUGAAAAACAAUCGACCAAAGAAACGGAUGAGUCAAUUCAACAACGCGUUCUCCAAUUGUUAAAUACGCGGUUUAAUUACAUUGCUGUGGCGUUAUCAGCUGAUUUAUUAAGAACGAAACGUUGGGGAACGUUUUAUAAAAGCUUGACUGAUCAUAAAGAUAUCAAUAAGACAUUAUUGAUACGAAAAGUCGAUACCAUCAUACAGGUUUAUGGUUUACAUGCGCAUGUACAACAGAUACAAACAUUAAUAACGAAAUUUGUCGAUGUCAAUCGCUACGAAACUGAUGUGAUCGAAAUUGAACAGGCGAAUGGAAUAUUUUCAUUGUUUGAAAAAGAUUUUCAUGAAAUGGAAAAUUUGGAUUUGUUCCGUGAAGCAGAGUUACGUUUUAUCUAUUCCCAACGACGACAUACAUUGUUUUUUCAAUGCUUUCAAGACAAAUUUGAAACAGUGAAAAACCGUAUAGAAAAAUUGCGUAGUCAACUAUCAGCCAUUGUUUUACCGGUGAAAUCACCGAUUCUCAGUCGAUAUUAUUCGAGAUCCAAUGAAAUUCAACGGAUGGCUGCAACAUCAUCGUGUAUUAUUACUGUCGAGAAAAACACAAAUGCAAAUCGACUAAAUGAUAAUUUAGUUAAUCUAAAAAUCAUCGGCCGUUCAACAGAUAGCUUAAUAAAAGCGCAACGAUUGAUCAAAGAUUUUGAAGAACAAAAAUAUUCCAUACGUAAAAUACACAACAAUGAUAUUCAUUUAUUCAAUGAUCAAGACAGCGAAGCACUUCAGAACGAAUGUGGAACAUGUAAUGUCUCGUAUACAAUUGAUCAAUCGAAUAACAUCAUUGAGCUGGAAGGUCUUUCCGGUGAUUUUAUACAAAUUGAGAAGGUCAUCAAAGAUUUGUGUUUGGGUGCGGCCCGACGUGCACUCGACGAUCUACUAUAUUCUAUCCAAUGGGUAUAUUAUGAUACAACCACAGGUAACGCCGUUGCCUUCGGUGAAGCUAUCAAACAACAACUAGAAAAUUGUUACAUACAAAAACAAAAAGGAAUUGUGAAUUUAAGAGAUCGUAGUGGUCAUGCGCAUAUGUUUGAUUUGGAUCAAAUGAUUGAAAUCAUUCCUGAUAGAAAUUCUUCGAUACGAAUGAAAAUCGAACGUCGAGAUUUGAAAAAUCCUCAAUCAGUACAAUUACCAGUAUAUUGGGCAUCCAUGACAAAGCCGUGGGAUCGAAUACUUCUUGCUAGAAGAGAUGAUGCCAAUGAAUGGAAAGUCAAUGCAGAAAUCCAAAGAUUACUCAGACUACAGUAUAUGUUGCCGGAAUCCUGGAUUGUUGAAGUUUAUCGUAUACAAAAUCCACGUAUAUUUCAGCAAUAUGUUGCUCAUCGAGAAAGUUUUGCUGCACGCUCACAAGCUACUGAACGAGUUCUUUAUCGUCUAGCUCAAGAUAAUCUAGUAGACGACGUAUGUGCUCAUGGUUUCAAUCAAUCACAUACGGAUUCUGCUUUUUCUGUUUAUGGUCAUGGCUGUCAUUUCUAUUGUAAAGCGAUGGAUAUCGCUCGUACAGCGACUCUAUUAGCAAACAGUCAACAAAUCAUUCCUAUUCAUAUACAACAACAGCAACAACAGACGCCAACAAAACCAUCGAUAAGAUUUUUAUUUGUUUGCAAGGUUUUAGUUGGUCGAUAUACUCGUGGUGAAGCAUCGAUGAAAACUUGUCCAUUGGGCUAUGAUUCCCUAGUUGAUAAUAUUCAUUCACCCGAAGUUUUCGUUACUCACCAUGACGCACAAGUUUUACCUGAAUAUCUCAUUGCUUAUCAUAGUGCUAUUUUCUAA